AUGUCAAAUGCCAUUAGCCUCAUAUUACUGCUAGUUGCUGUGGCUCUUUGUCAAGCAGCCCCUCUGGAGGAAUCCUCAGUUAAAGCUAAACGUGGUUUACACUUGGGUCUGGGCUAUCAUGCUCCCUUGGUCUCUUCCUCUUAUGUAUCCGCACCUGCCGCUGUGUAUCAUUCCGCCCCAGUCAUAUCUCAUGCUCCCCUCAUUCAUCAUGCUCCGCUCAUUUCACAUGCUCCCCUUAUAGCUCAUGCUCCCAUCUAUUCAUCGCAUCAUAUUUUGCCCUCCCUCCAUGCAAUUCAUCAUUACUAAGGAGUCUUAAAAUUAAUUUAACAAAUUAAAUGAAACCGUGAAUGCCAGAGCACUUGAAUUUGUAGAAUUUGCUGCUGUUCUGAUUGCUAAUGAGUUAAACGUAAAUUGAUUGAGCAUUUUUUUUUAUUUUUUUGUUUUAUUAAAGUUAUUAAAGAAUUUGUUUUAAUUGUGUGUUUUUUUUCUAAUUAAUUUAAUUAAGAAACUUUCUAAAUAAAUGAGCAGAUAUUCCAAAAAGAAAAAACAAAAAAAAA